GAGUCCAAGGCCACACACCUGCAAUACCAGUGCUUGCCAAAAACCGUUCAGCUGCUUGCUGACAAGUGAUAGGCUUCUCGGUCCAUUCAUCGGUCGACCCGCGUCUGGUGAAGAUGGGGAGGGCCAACUGCUCGGUUCCUCUCCUCCUGGUGCUGCUGGCCUUCCUCUCCUGCUUCUUCCUCGCCCACGCGGCGGUGGCCGGGGCCAGCGGCAACCGCAAGAUGUUCCUGCCGAGGGAGGGAGCGGCAGCCGCCGCCGGGUCCAACGAUGGUGGGCAGGCCAUGCUGACGACGGCGGAGGAGGUGGCGGUCGGAGGAGAGAUGCAUCUGCUGCUGAGCGACGACGAGGAGAUGUUGGCCAGAAGGGUGGACCUGCAGACACAGGACUACCCGGGGUCCGGGGCCAACGGCCGCCAUGAUCCACGAAACCCGCAUUAAGAGUUAUUAUGUCCUGCUGCAUGUACGCUAAGUGCAUGUAAUUAACCGCAUGUUUAGUUACCCGACAAUCAUGCAUAAUUAAGCAUAUCAGCACCAUGUAGCUAAACAUCAUGAUCUUAAUUUAAUUUGCUAGUGUAUGCAUCUUUGGUUGAUAAUAACAAAUACUUUCUCUGUAAACUAAUAUAAAAUCAUUUAAAUAGGGAUCUAAACGAUCCUAUAUUAAUUUAUACAGGGAGUAGUUGUAGUCCCUAUAGCUUGGGAUUAAGUAUGUUCCAUCUAUGUCAUCCAUCACCUGAUGUAGGCUGAGUCAAUCCAAAUCGGUUGUAAUCUUCAAUAUGUUUGGUUCAAAACAUAACUAUUUUCUAUACUAAGAAAAAACUAUUUCACCGAGAUUCAUAAUUGGCGUAUGAGCGCUCAUUGGGGCCGCCGCAUCUCUUCUCCUUUUAAAUUCAUCCACUAAUCUCGUCAACUUUUAUCUUUACUAGUUGAAUGCCCGUGUUUGCCAUGAAAUAAGAAAACACAGUUACAAAACAAUUGUUGUUAUUUAGAAAUAUAUGCCGAACAUGACACAUGUGGUAUCCAUGCAUAUAACGACAAAUUGAUUCAUUCUUGACAAUCAUAGUGUCUCUUUAACCAACAUCUCUCCUUGUAAGAAGACAGAUCAAUAACUUUCAAACCGAAACCACCCCUCUUUUCU